UUUGCAUGUCGGCGGGUGCGAGGGAGAGUCGAGGGGCGGCGGGCAGCAUUCUGGGCCCUGCGCGCUCCGCUCUCUGUGCCUCCCGGUCCACGCCCAGGCUGGGGCGGAUCAGGCUGGCUUGUGAACUUGGGGGUUCCCCCUUUCGCUCCCAUUCGUGUUGUGGUCGUGAAUUCAUCCAGGGUCCAGAAUGACGAUCCGACACCAAGGCCAGCAGUACAGGCCGAGGAUGGCAUUUCUCCAAAAGAUUGAAGCGCUUGUGAAGGACAUGCAGAACCCAGAGACGGGAGUCAGGAUGCAGAACCAGAGAGUCUUGGUCACCAGUGUCCCUCAUGCCAUGACAGGAGGUGAUGUUCUGCAAUGGAUCAUCCAGCGCCUUUGGAUCUCUAACCUGGAGGCACAGAACCUGGGCAACUUUAUUGUCAAGUAUGGCUACAUCUACCCUUUGCAAGACCCCAAGAAUCUCACCCUGAAGCCCGACAGCAGUCUCUACCGAUUUCAGACGCCAUAUUUCUGGCCCACUCAGCAGUGGCCUGCUGAAGACACAGACUAUGCCAUCUAUCUAGCUAAGCGAAAUAUCAAGAAGAAGGGGAUUUUAGAAGAAUAUGAGAAGGAGAAUUAUGAUUUCUUGAACAAGAAGAUUAAUUACAAGUGGGAUUUUGUCAUCAUGCAGGCCAAAGAGCAGUACCGGACUGGAAAGGAAAGGAACAAAGCCGACAGGUACGCGCUGGAUUGCCAGGAGAAGGCGUAUUGGCUGGUGCACCGAAGCCCUCCUGGAAUGAACAAUGUGUUAGACUACGGCCUGGAUCGCGUGACCAAUCCAAACGAAGUUAAGAAACAAACUGUCACUGCUGUCAGAAAAGAGAUCAUGUAUUACCAACAAGCCUUGAUGAGGUCCACAGUGAAGUCUUCGGUGUCUCUUGGAGGAAUUGUCAAGUACAGUGAGCAGUUCUCGUCUAACGAUGCCAUCAUGUCCGGCUGCCUUCCAAGCAACCCUUGGAUAACAGACGACACCCAGUUCUGGGAUUUAAAUGCCAAGUUGGUGGAGGUCCCUACCAAGAUGCGAGUGGAGCGAUGGGCCUUCAACUUCAGCGAACUGAUUCGAGACCCCAAGGGUCGGCAGAGCUUCCAGUACUUUCUCAAGAAGGAAUUCAGCGGGGAGAACCUAGGAUUCUGGGAAGCCUGUGAGGAUCUGAAGUAUGGCGAUCAGUCCAAGGUCAAAGAGAAAGCAGAGGAGAUCUACAAGCUAUUCCUGGCCCCGGGUGCAAGGCGAUGGAUCAACAUAGACGGCAAAACCAUGGACAUCACGGUGAAGGGGUUGAGACACCCCCACCGCUAUGUGCUGGACGCAGCGCAGACCCACAUUUACAUGCUCAUGAAGAAGGAUUCUUACGCAAGGUAUUUGAAAUCUCCAAUCUAUAAAGAAAUGCUGGCCAAAGCUAUCGAGCCCCAGGAAACCACCAAGAGAAGCUCCACCCUCCCGUUUAUGAGGCGUCACCUGCGCUCCAGCCCAAGCCCUGUCAUCCUGCGGCAGCUGGAAGAAGAAGAGAAAGCUCGGGAAGCAGCCAACACUGUGGACAUCACCCAGCCAGGUCAGCACUUGGCUCCCAGCCCUCACCUGGCCGUGUAUACAGGGACCUGCGUGCCUCCUUCUCCCUCCAGCCCUUUCUCACCAUCCUGCCGCUCCCCCAGAAAGCCCUUUGCUUCCCCAAGUCGCUUCAUCCGGCGGCCCAGCAUUGCCAUCUGCCCCUCGCCCAUCCGAGUGGCCUUGGAAGGUUCUUCAGGACUGGAGCCCAAGGGGGAAGCCAGCUGGUCUGGUGCCAACUCUGGGCCCCCAGUCACUGAGAGCAGCAAGCCCUCUGUAGACCACUCAAGACCACAGGGCCCGUCCAGGGCCCCUCCCAAGGCCCGAGCAGCUCUGUCCCUUGGCAGGUUCCUGAGACGGGGCUGUUUGGCAUCACCAGUUUUUGCGAGGCUCUCACCCAAGUGCCCCUCUGUGUCACACGGGAAGGUGCAGCCUCUGGGGGAUAUGGGCCAACAGCUGCCCCGGCUGAGACCCAAGAAAGUAGCCAACUUUUUCCAGAUCAAAAUGGAAAUGCCCACAGACAGUGGGCCCUGCCUGAUGGACUCAGAUGACCCCGGAGCAGGAGAGUCUGGUGACCAGACCACAGAAAAGGAAGUCAUCUGCCCCUGGGAGAGCCUGGCAGAAGGGAAGGCGGGCUGAGCAGGGCCUUUGGCCGGGAAGAUGGUCCUGGCAGACACCAUCAGACGAGGGGCACACUUGCUCUCAAACCCAAGUGCAUUAAGAUGAUAUUGGAGGACUGGAAAAAGCGAAUGGGGUGGAGUACAGGGACGUGUGCUCUGGCUGACUCCUAACGGCCACCUGUUCCCUUUCCCUGCCUUUCCUUCUUGGCCAGACAGGCAUGCGGGCCAGAAGACACCCCUUGCUGCCUUAAAAACCAAUAAAAGGGUCAUCUGGAGGCUUUUCUUGGGUUGGGGGCCCUGGCAUA